UUAAUUCGUGGUCGUAGUGAAUCCAAGAUGGCGACGCACAUGUCGAAGUGUAGAACUUGGAGCCGUGUUCAGAGGUUUGGAAUUGCAGCGUAUAGAAGGUACAGCAGCGGCAGUGGAUAUCCAAAUGUCUCCCUCUCUUCACCAUUACCUGGGAUACCCAAACCAGUGUUUGCAGCAGUGGACGGCCAUGAACAAUGCGAAACUAAAAUCACUACUUUGGAAAAUGGCCUUAAGGUAGCAUCUCAAAACAAGUUUGGUCAGUUCUGCACGGUGGGAAUUCUAGUAAAUUCAGGGUCCAGGCAUGAAACAAAGUACCCCAGUGGAAUUGCACACUUUUUGGAGAAACUUGCCUUCUCGUCCACAGCCCAGUAUGGCAGUAAAGAUGAAAUACUACUCACCCUUGAAAAACACGGGGGGAUCUGUGACUGUCAAACAUCGAGAGACACCACCAUGUAUGCCGUCUCAGCCGAGGUCAAGGGUCUGGACACCGUAGUCAGCCUGCUGUCGGACGCUGUAUUGCAGCCGCGUCUGUUAGACGAGGAGAUUGAGAUGACCAGGAUGGCUGUACGCUUUGAGCUGGAGGACCUAAACAUGAGGCCUGACCCUGAACCCCUACUGACAGAGAUGAUUCACGCCGCAGCGUAUCGUGGCAACACGGUCGGGUUGCCUCGCUUCUGUCCAGUGGACAAUGUGGAGAAGAUUGACAAGACGCUGCUGCACACAUACCUGCGGAGCUACUACUGCCCAGAGCGUAUGGUGCUAGCCGGAGUUGGCAUCGAGCAUGAACAGCUAGUAGCUUGUGCCAGGAAAUAUCUGCUGGAUGUGAAGCCAGUGUGGGGAGCCGGAACACCGGCCAACGUUGACCUGUCUGUGGCCCAGUACACGGGUGGGAUGGUGAAGAUGGAUAAGGACAUGUCAGAUGUGAGCCUGGGCCCCACCCCAAUCCCUGAGCUGACACACAUUAUGAUUGGCCUGGAGAGCUGCUCCUUCCUGGAGGAUGAAUUCAUCCCAUUUGCCGUCCUCAACAUGAUGAUGGGCGGAGGUGGGUCCUUCUCAGCAGGAGGUCCCGGGAAAGGCAUGUUCACUCGGCUUUACCUGAAUGUGCUCAACAGGCAUCAUUGGAUGUACAAUGCCACCUCAUACCAUCACAGCUAUGAGGACAGCGGUCUGCUGUGUAUCCAUGCCAGUGCCGACCCCAGACAGGUUCGGGAAAUGGUGGAGAUAAUAACCAGAGAGUUUAUCCAAAUGGCUGGAACAGCAGGAGAGAUGGAAUUGGAGAGAGCCAAAACGCAGCUCAAGUCCAUGUUGAUGAUGAACCUGGAGUCACGGCCAGUUAUCUUUGAGGAUGUUGGCCGACAGGUUCUAGCCACAGGGAAAAGGAAGCUACCACACCAACUGUGUGACCUCAUCAGUAAUGUUACAGGAAGCGAUAUCAAGAGGGUAUCGACCAAGAUGCUUCGCAGCAAGCCAGCGGUGGCAGCGCUAGGGGACCUACGACAGAUGCCCUCCUAUGAGCACAUCCAAGCAGCCCUGUCCAGCAAGGACGGACGUCUGCCUCGCAUGUACCGUCUCUUCCGAUAGAACCCCCCCCCCCCCCCAAUCACUGUACAAUGUGGACACCGACCCAUACUAGUGUUUUCUCUAUGGAGCUGUACUAAGCCCCAGGGGAGGACUGACAUUUGGACCUCAACCACAAAAGAACUGUUAAGAGGUGAUUUUAAAACAAUGUUUUAUACCCUAUGUAGUGUCUACAUUUUCAUGCCUAUAGGGAGUUUAAUUUCCAGUUCAGUAUCCCAUCGUUUCAUGUUGGAGAUCUGCAUGCUUUUGGUUUUAAUUCCAAAUGACUGGGUGAACAUAGCUUGAGAAACAUAACCUAAAAUGUGGCCUGAUGGGAAGUAAAAAAUAUAUUGACUCUGUUUUCUAGUCUACUGUAGGUUAACUAACAGGUCUUGUCGUUGCCCUAUGCAUACUAAAUCCUCUCCUCUGUCCUCUACUUCUUGACCAUAACAACAAUAUAUGGUUGAGGAGAUUGAAAUUAAUUAGAAGGCAAGUGGAGUGUUCUGUACAUUAGCAAGCUUUCAUCAAGGAACUUUGUUUCCUUCGACAAAAGAGAAUAUUUUAAUAAUCUGACAUCACAUUUGAAUCAGCUUGUCCAAAAAAUAAAUUCAUGCAUAUUUAAAAACAAUAUGCUAUUUGUUUUAUCAAUAAAAUGUAUUGCACAAUUAACUUAAUUUGUGUUGAUAAAUGUACAUCUUUUGGGAUCCUCCCCUGUAAAUGUAAUUUGCUUGAUAAUGCAGAAGUGGAGAGAAAGGAGAAUGACCAUCUCAUUUGAGUUGUUCAUUCUCCUCGCCUCCGAUUACCUUAAAUAUUUCAAAAUAAGGCCAUAGGAUUGA